GGAACUUUCCUACAUUUUAGACUCGUUUGAAGACCCUAGAAUAUCGUUUGAUUUGGUCAGAUUUUCUGAUUUUCAUUCUUACUUGAUUGUUUUUAACUCUAGAAACGUGUGUUUGUUUGUGGUUUCUUGUUUCUGCGUGAGUGCAUGUAGUGAGCAUCUCACAAUGACCGACCUACCUGAAGAACAACGCGAUUAUGGCUUCCACACGAGCACUCGCGUGUUCAUGUCUGCAAACUCCGUGAAAAAACCUGUGCUGGAUCUGCCCCAUAACUGGGCGAUGAUCGAAUCAGCAGAAGAUAUGGAAAAGCUUGGAUUUCCUGGAACGAUGUUGAAAGCUCGAUGGGCACAUUUGUAUGUAGUGCCACAUGUGAACACAGAACGAAGCCUUUUUUCUUCCCUGGAUUUCCAAGACAGUGAUGUGUUUUCGUCGGCUCAUGCUUUGAGGGAGGUUGAAAAUCGUAUCCGCCAGGUGCUGCCCGAACCCGUUCAACUGAAGAUGUACCUGCUGAAGAAAGUCCUGCCGAAAUUUGCUGGAAUGCUCAAUGGAGGCACAGCUGAAUUUUACUACGAUACGAUCUACCAUUUGCGGUUGCUGCAGGUUGUGUUCGAUUACAUUCACUCGGACUUAACGCGACUUCCGGACAUCCCGGAAUGCCUGUUCAAAGCGUUUUCUUACGGGAAUCUUAAGCACGGGCAGGUGAUGCGCUUUGGAUUUUUCCUGCUGCGUGGGGGGUUCGACGUCGAUCUGUAUGCAGAAAUGGUCUGCCCAGCUGGUAUGGAUCUGAUGCGGGUGAAUCAUAUUGUGGAUAAGAAAGUAGUGGCUGGUUUCGUUGGCACAUCCAAGCCUGUCUACUACGAUGUUGAGCACCACCUGAGCUCCUUACUGGUUCCACUGAUACUGCGUGGCCAGCGGCCAACCGCGAUGAAGAUUGCCGACCGACUUGGAUAUCCAAGACUUUGUGAAGAGUUAGCGCGUGGUGGAAGUCAGGUGUUUCAAGGGCCGGCUUGGGCGGUGUUUCGCAAAGUGUACGAUCUGCUGCGGGACACGCGACGCAUGACUAAACUGCGCCUGCACGAUUCCCGCACCAUGGAAGAAUAUCGGCUGUGUGAUCAGUGCAUGGUCCCUUGGCUGACGGGAGGGCACGACGAGGAUUUUGAUAAUCCGAAUUACUGGAACCACCGCGUCGUCUGCCCAAACAUCCAUGCAGCGUAUGAUUGUCGGGUUAGCAGUGGAAUGCUGCAGCGUAAGCCGCGUGGUCCCUGGAUUUCCGGGAUGAUGUUGAAUGUUUUUAAGAAAGACGGAAGGGUUGUGCCGCUGAAAACAGAGUACAUCCUCACUGCAAGCAGCGGCAAACCUGUCCACUCGGCGUACUUCUCUUGGCGCAUCGCCAUGCCUGCUGAACCGGUUGUGCGCGAUCUGCCGGACAGCGAGAGUGAGGCUUCGGACGUCAGCGACUCGUCCGACGGUAGCGAGUUUUCCGAUGAUGAAGAAACCUCCAGCACCAGCAACGCUUCUGAUUCCAGCGGGAAAACUGUUUCGACUGGACAACGGGAUACUAGUGACACGGCUAGUGAAAGCGGAACUGUUUGCUCUGGUGAAAGCGGUCAGAGUCGUGGAAGCAUCUACCAGGAGAGAAUGACCUACUAUUACGAGAACCAUUACUACUAGGAAAUCCUGGACUAGUUUGGAGUUUGGUUUCCUUUACGCUGCUUUUAUUCGGCCAUGAUGCAAACCUCGGAUUCGCGGAUUUCCAUGAUGAUAUGUAUUUACUAAAUGAUCUUGAAUGCUUUUAUACUUCUUGCACUGUGUGCACUGACUACAGCUUGUACUUUACUUUUGUUGUGAUUUCAUGCUACUUCGUUGCGUACUGAAAUAACUGAAUUGAUUCAGUUGUUGACUGAAUUGAAGUUGAUUUUUGGAAUGUAAGAUGUUGCUGAAGCGUGUAUCUGCUAUGAUUUGAUCUUUUACUUGUGGAAUUGGCCUUUGGAAACCGGGAAAAAAAACUUCAGUUUUGA